AUGAGAAUUUGGUUCCAAGUUACACUAUACGGCAUAGAUUGCCCAGACUAUUCGUUUCGCAAGUUCACCGAUGAUGGCAAGUAUCUUGUGGCCUUUAGUCGAAACCACCAAGAUUUGAUUGUGUACCGUCCCAUCUGGUUAACGUUUUCAUGCCAUGAAGAAUGUGAUUCUCAUGAUCUUCCGGCCAAUGCAGAGAGAUUUGACAGUUUCUUUAAGCAGCUCUACUCAAUCUCACUUGCAUCCAGCAAUGAGUACAUUUGUGAGGACUUUUUCCUUUACAUGGAGUGCCAUCAAUAUGGCUUAUUUGCAACGUCAACUGCACGAAGUAAUGAAUCAAGUGUCACUGAGGGUGCAAUUCACGGGGUACCAUCAAUUGAGAAAAUAACUUUCUAUCUUGUAAGGCUAGAAGAUGGUGCAAUACUAGACGAGAAAGCUUUCUGCAAUGAUUUUAUCAAUUUGGCUCAUAGUAUUGGUGCUUACUUGUAUGAGGAUCUGGUUUGCAUUGUCUCUCUUCGAUAUCAGACAAUACAUGUCCUACAAAUCCGAGAUUCAGGCAGCCUUGUUGAGGUACGGAGAAUUGGUGCAUUUUGCCGGGAAGAUGACGAACUAUUUCUUUAUUCACAUGGCCAGGCUGCACAAGGGAGUUCUUUUCUUCCUGGCAUCAAGCAACGGUUGCUAUCAUUUAUUUUCCGCAAGACAUGGAAUGAGGAACCUGAUCAGGCUUUGAGGGUCCAGCACCUGAAGAAGAAAUUUUAUUUUCACUUUCAAGACUAUGUGGAUCUUAUCAUAUGGAAGGUACAGUUUUUGGAUCGCCAUCACCUAUUUAUCAAGUUUGGUAGUGUCAAUGGAAGGGUUACUCGAAGCACUGAUCAAAACCUAGCAUUCUUUGCUGUGUACAACAUGGAGACGACCGAGAUUGUGUCACUCUAUCAGAAUUCUUCGGAGGAGCUGUAUUCAUUGUUUGAACAUUAUUAUGAUCAUUUCCAUGCAAAUCCUCAAAAUUCUUUGCAUGAGAAAUUUAUCUCGUCCAAUCCCAAUAGUGUUCAUGCUCUUGAUCAACUCCGCACCAUUAAAAGUAAAGCAAGCAGCCCCUCACAGCUGUUUUCAGCAAUUGAUCGGCAUAGGCAUUGCACAGAGUAUCCUAUAAAAUUUAUAUCAGUGAGGCAACCAAAUGUCGUCAAAUUUAAGAUAAAACCAGGGUCAGAUUCUGGUGCUUCCGACAGCCGAGGAAAAAGAAUCUCUUCCUUGUUUCACCCAUUUUUCCCGCUUGCACUGUCGAUUCAGCAGACAAAUAUGCAGCCAACUGUUGUCAAUGUACAUUUCAGGAGAUAG